UACUGUUCUACUGUUUUGUGAUUUCUUUUCCACACCAAAUUUCUUAUCCAAUUUCAUUAUUUAAUUAAUAAAUUUCCUAUUAUAAGUCAUUACACAUUUCUCAGUUAUAACCAUUAGGUCUUAGUCAAAAUAGUAGUAAUCAUUGUUUAUAGAAUAAAUACGUCAAUUAUUUAAGAAAUUGUGCCCAACAUAAAAGCGUGGCUAGCCCAAGUAAAAGAAGGAGGAUGAGCAGUUCCGAAGAAGUUUCUUGGAUCUCAUGGUUCUGUGGAUUGCGAGGAAAUGAGUUUUUCUGCGAGGUCGAUGAAGAUUAUAUUCAAGAUAAAUUCAAUUUGACUGGACUUAAUGAACAAGUGCCUCAUUAUAGACAAGCUUUGGAUAUGAUUUUGGAUCUUGAACCCGGUUUGUAUAUUUUAGUAUUAGGCGUUUUAAGUUUGUCAGAUGUUCCAGGAGAAGCAAUGGUUAAGCUUUACUGUCCUAAAUGUAUGGAUGUGUACACACCAAAAUCAUCUCGUCAUCAUCACACUGACGGUGCUUAUUUUGGUACAGGUUUUCCACAUAUGUUGUUUAUGGUACAUCCAGAAUAUAGACCACCAAGGCCUAGCAAUCAAUUUGUGCCUAGGUAUGUGUGAAAUUAAUUAAAUUUC